GUUCUAUGGCCUAAGAAUGGCCUCGUACUCGCAGCGUCAUCGAUCACUUCACGUAUUCAUAAAUAAUCAAUAAAUAUAUAAGUGUUUCCAAAUACGAGGUGGGCAAGUCCCCUCUUCUCUAGUUCACUCGUUUCACUUAUUUGCAGUACAGAGCUUUGGAUAUUGCCUCUCUUUUCUUCUUCUUCAAGCUUGGAAUUUCUGAGGGAUCGGGAUCUUAUCUAAUACUUCCAGAAGUUUGAAACUGGUAAAUUUUAUGCCCAACAGCGAACGGUCACUCAAAGAAUAUCAUGUCAGAUGAUGUCUCUGUAAGAUACAGAAACAGGGAAGUUUUUGAGUUCGUAAUGGACGAUACAGAUACUUUAGAAUCCGUGCAUCCUUAUCAAUUGCAAUGGAUGGCUCACUGGACUCAAGCUAGCAGCAGUUCAUCUAAAGAUCGAACACCACACUGUCGCUCUCCGGCUGAAACUAUGAAUAGUUGGAGACAAGACUUCGGCAAACAAAAUCGAACAUCUUAUAUGCUUCAGUCAAUAGAAGCUGGAGGAGGUGAUCAUGGGAGAUUUAGGAUCAUUAAGAAUGCUGUACUGCAGAAUAAUCAUGGAAGCUCAUAUCAUUUUCAAAGUUUAUAUAGUCCAACUUCGGAGGGGACAAAUUUUCCAAUGCUUGAUAUUAACAGGAAGAUAGAGACUAUCAUGGCUCCAAAGAAAACGACUAGCUCUACUACUAUAGCAGAUAGAAUGACGGGACAACUGUUACCCAUGAGUCGAUCUCUAUUAGAUCUAAAUUCGAUCAAAUUUGCAUCUGAAGGGCAUCAGCAUCUAAAAAAGAAUAUCACACAAGUUGAUAAAAAGACGAGGUCAUAUGAGUCUGUACAAGGAUUACAACAUUAUAUGUGCCGUAGUCCAACUAUGAACGAUGAGGAAAAUGACCCUUUUUGCUCCGGCCUAGCAUUCAAAGAGCACUUUGCAAAUGCAAACCUCACUUACUUAAAACAUGAGCUGUGCAAUGGUUCCAAAAAUGGAUCAAGUCCUUGUCCUGGUGAUGUUCCUCAUUUAUGUCUACCUCAAGAAUGCAACGAAGAAAGAGAAAGUCUUUGCGGCAAGAAAAAAAACAAUCUUGGCUUGAGCAAACAUAAAAUGUCAAGUUCCUCAACUAUUGAUAGUAGGAAAGGAAAACCUGAUAAGUUCUCAAAUGUCGCUCAAUACCUGAGUGUGGAUUUGCACAAUAAAGAACAAACUGCUGGAGGUUCAACAGUUUCUGCUAAUGUCGAAGGGACUGCUUUCUUUGAAAAGUUUACUUUACCUGCAAUAUCACACUAUCAUGGCCAGAGAGAACAUAGUUUUCGAAAUCUUAGCUCAACCAACAGUAUGGAAGGUGCUGAUGGAAUUAGUUCCCAAUCUAUGAACAAAGGAAUUGACUGCACUCUUGAAACUGAUACUGUGCAAAUGUAUGUUCAAGGGAAACCAAGAUCUCCUGAAGUUGGAAGUUCUUUCGAAUCACAUAAGGAUCUUGUGCAUGGUAACUUGAAAAGCUCUGAGACACCAGCAGAUACAUCCAGGGCAGAAAGCACAGGUUCCCUGUUAGGGAAACCAUCCAAUCCUCCAACUGAACCAAACUGGAAAUGGGUUAAGCGUCUCCGCUCAAAUUCGUUGGAUCCUGUAUCCCAAUGUAGCAAGAGAUUAAAAAAGGGAGAUGCUUCUUCUGGCGGCAAAAUGCAAAAUCUCCUCGGUGGAGCAGUGACUUACAACAAAUCUAUCUCCGAUCUGCCCGAGUGUCGCCAACUUGAUAAAACAACAUUCUUCCCUAAAAAUGGUGAAUGCUCUCCGUCGGAUUCAAAAGUAAUUCCUUGGAUCCGGAGAUGGUGUCGAAAUAGUAAAGCAACAGCUUCAUCCAUGCCAGUGAUAUGUGAGCCUGAGAAUUCAAAAGUAUUGCCUGAAAAGUUAGAAGCAAAGCAAAUCCCAAGUCUGGCUGCAAUGGCAUUGAUGGGUAAACAAGUGACCAAUUUUCGUCCUUGCGAGUUUCGGAAAAGGGGGUCUUCUGUCGUUUGGAAUACGUGAAGGAUACGUUAAGCUGCAGGUGGAUAUGAUAUGGUUAACAGAUGGAGAUAUAAAGCUUUGGUGCUGAAUCUGAGAUAUUACUGAAUCAGGAGAUUAAGGGUAUUCGCGCGGUAUAAAGUUCUCUGGAGGUUGCCAGAAGAUAUUUCAGACAUUUGUUAUCAGGACCCCGCUGUUCGCUUAUUUGUGCUACUUUGUAACAAUACAUUUGUUUGUACGCUGCAAUAUGCUCUCGUUGUGAUACUAUCAAUUUGUUGCUCUUGCGAAAAUAUAAGCGACAGAUUUCUGGCUGUUUUA